GUUGGGAUGAGCCAGCUUUAAGCGGUGCUUAUCGAAAGCGUUGUCUAAUGUAUCCCGAUAGUAUGGAGGUACUGAUGAAGGAAAGAAAAUGGUUGUGAGAAGCGUCGGCCCUCUCCUCCCAUCCCCAAAUAGCGUCACCUGAGCUUUAAAAAACCGCAGGAAAAGUGGCUUUCGUAGUGCAAUAACAUAAAAUGCCUUCUCAUUACAGUGAUUAUUAUCUUUUUUGGGGUCCUUUGCUCAUAUUUUCUUGGGAUAAUUUUGUUGAGAAGCUCGUGAGCUGUUCGGUAUUGCAGGAGGAGAAUCGCAAGCUCUGCAGCUCAAAAGGUGGACCAUUAUCAGACAGAAAACAGCAAGAAGUAAAGAUCACCAUUGAUAAUUCAACAAGCCCACCUCCUCCAUCUCGUACUCAUAAGGAUGAGAAAGAGUUAACUCUAUCAAGUACUCUCCAGUCACCGGGAAGAUCUCCUACCCUCCGUGUUUUUGCAGAGGAUGCCAAGAGAAACUCCAACUUCCCGAGGACACCCCUCUGCAAUAUUCUCCAGGAGGAAGGAGCAGAGGUUGAAAACAAGCAGCAUCUCCCGAACCCGUAUAAGGCUGCUGCUGCAUCGGCCUUGGCAUUCCUGUGUGGGUCUUUGGUCCCACUGGCCUCCGCGGUCUUUGUGGCCCCGGAUAAGGCUCGGACAGCUAUGGUGGCAGUGGUUGCAUCCGUGGCUCUAGUAGUUUUUGGAGGGGUUGGGGCCUACUUGGGCGGGUUGCCAGUUAGGAUUUCCGCGAUGAGGGUGCUGGCUGGUGGGUGGGCGGCAAUGGGGAUCACCUAUGGGUUGCUCAAGCCAUUUGAUAGAGACCAAAAAUGAAAGUAGCUCGAAAAUUGGGGCAGAAGCUCAAAACAAACGCCCGUGUGGAAGUUCUAAGUUCUAACAAUUUAUCAAUAGCGCUCCAAAUUAGUUUCUUGGAGCUAGUAUCAACUUCUAAAAGUGCGGCAAAAGGAAAUUCGGGAUGGCAGGUGCGGGAGGACUCUUACGUGACGAUCAAGGGGGAUGGCUUGCCGGUUUCGCACAAACCGUUAAAUGUGCCACCUUUAUGGCAGCUGAGUGCUGGGCAGUCAAAAUUGGUCGCGGGCACACGAUGGCUUGGGAGGUGGGUGCUUGUAGUUGUAAACUCAUCCUCGAGGUAAACUCCGAGGUCGUAGCCUGUAAGUUUAUCUUUGCUUCAGGUGGAGGGACUUGCGUGAUCUAUUGCAACGGGACUGGAUAGUAGUGGUGCGCCAUACUUAUCAGGAAGAAAAUGUUUGUGCGUGCGAAUUGGCCGAUGAAUUAAUUAUGCGCUUUC